GGGCAGAACAGCCACACUCAGCCCCUUGCUGCACAGGGCAACUGCUCAUUUCAGGCACUUUCACCCCCCCAGGUGACAUCUCACUUCUUUGUCACUGCAGUCACUCGCUCCUAUUGUGUAGGAAUUGUUGGCACGUUCAGGUGGUGGCAUGAAUGUUUUCUGGGACACAAACCAGAGGCUUGACCUUUCUCCCUUGCUGUAUUUGUUUUCUGAAUUUACUUUGUAUUUGGGGGAGGAUUUGAAUUAAAAGCUGUGCUUUUGCAACCUCAGGAAGAGAUGCAGUUUGAGCUGGUCGUGGGAGGCAUUAAAAUCCUCCUCUGGCACUGUUCCUGAUGGCCAACAGCCUGCAUCUGAGCGAGGUCCCUUCGUGCUGUGUGUGUUUUUAAGACAUUUGCUUUAGAUGCGGAGCAGAUAGCAAUCAAAACUGCCCUUGUCACUGCCUUCAUACCCAGCAUGUGGAAUGAUAUUCCCAUGUCUUCCACAUUAAUUUCAUUUACCUCCUCAGUGAGAGCUGUCAGUCCGCAGCUGUUUGCUGGGCAAAGGUUUGCCCUGCAGGGCUGACUGCAAAGUCUGUCUUUGCCCCUCAUUAAUGGAGCGUCUGCAGAUCUGUGACUGCAAGACAAACUGCAAAGCUUUUCUGACCUUGCCUCCCAAUUUACUGGCUUGAAUUGUCUUUUGACUGCAACCUGUGAACAGAUGAAAAUCCCAUCACCACCACCCAGGCUACGCUGGUGCCACACAGACAGCAGAAGCAACGGCUCUCUGAAGAUGUGCUACAGCAGGUACAGCAUUAACAGGCCAGCAUUCACCGUGGGCAGGUUUGGGAAGAGGGAUUAUGCAAAGCAAAGCUGCAGCCACCCCGUGAAGUUCAUGUUCCACCCAUGCCCACGUGCUGCUCUCUCCUCAGAUGAAGCGCUCACACCUGGUGCUGCCCUGGAAGCAGCAGAAUCUCUUCAGUACCGAGCAGAAGGAUGAGUUCACACCCAAGCACAGAGACACAGCAGAAAUCCAAGCAGCAAACUGCCACGUGAGCUGCGUCCCGCUGGGGACCCUGAAAGAAUAUUGCUCCCAGGGAAAGGUGCUCUUUGCACCGUGAUGCUCCCCCUUUUCCCUGCUUGCCCAGAACUUCCUGCAACAUCAACUGCCUGUGUUGUGUUACCCAGCUGUUCUGCUGCUGCCGGUCUGGCCCUGCUCCUGGCCCAGCUGUGUGUUAUUACAGUGAACAUUUAUUUCAAGAGUUGAAUGAGGACACGAAGUGUUGUGACAGCAAUAAACACCAGGGGAUUGGUCCAAAGACACGGGUGACAGCUCUCUGGAGCUGCAGGAUCCAUGCAGUGCCUCCAGGCAGGUGCAGGGCAGGAGGGAGCGGGGGAAGCUCAGGGGAAGGGCGAGAGACCAGAAGCGUCAGGGCUGCGUGUGGGCUGGAAUAUUCCUGUGUUAUCUGUUUGGAUUUUGGUGUCAAGGCCUGAAACCAAAGGUCAGUGAACAGGAGGGCGGAGAAGCAGCGCUCUCAGCUUAUGAUGAGCGGGGCUGUUUUCCUAGCGACAAGCAGAGUAUUUCUGUUCAGUUGAUAAACUCCUGGGGAUUCCCUGAAUGCUGAGCUUGCACUAACUCUGGUGGGGAUGUAGGCAUUUUAAAGGGAGGCCAAGUGAGCAGCUCCAGCUGCUGCCUUGUCACAGCUGCCACUUCACGAGCUCUUCUCAGCCUUUUGGUGCAGAUGGAUUUGAUUCACGUGCGCUGUGAGCCAGCAGUGCAGUAUUAGAACAGGCUUGCUAACUCAUUUCCAAUUGCUGCAGUCUGUAUGUGAGCAGUGGCCCACAAACUCCCCGUGCUUUCCUCUUGAGAUUUGACAUUACAUCUCUUGGGAAAGGGCUGCUCUUUGUCCCACGUGUACUUGAAAGAAGCCGUACUCAAGCCUUGCAGGUUCCCACAGCUGCUCCUCACGGUGUCAUUUGCUGGCAUUUUGCAAACACCGAGAUUCAAACGUAUAGAUUGCUUCACUGGGUGUAGUAACAGGGACUUGCACACGCUGCAGGUCUGUCCCAUAUUCUUAAUGACCAUAAGUUGGCAUUGCUACCUGUUGUGCUACUGCAGAAACAGCCACUGUUCCCUGGGGUUAAAUGCUGAGCACCAGCUUUCGGUGGUGAGCUGCUGCUGGGGGUGGGCUGCAGUUGUUUGCUUUCUUUUCACAUAGAUCCUGUUGCAGUUUCAGACACAGAAAGUUCUGCUGGCUUUUGGGGAAAGGAUCUUUGCUUUCUAAGCCCCCCUCCAACCACUCACAGAAAUGCCUCAGGGCUGCCUGAGUUGGGAAGGCCAAACAGACCCCGCAGUGUAAAACCAGCACAACACUCCUCCCUGCAGACGGAGCCACCAGCACGUACCCACGGCACACCAACAGCGGCUGCGGCUCGGAGAUAAGACAAAGUGACGUUACUCCUCCUUUGCUUUAAAAGCCCCGUCGCUGACCUCCUCAGCUCCCCUUGGCACCGCACCCGCCUCGCACGCAAGGCCAACACUGAAGCAUCACCACAAAGCAGAGUCUGAGCCCCACCUGGGGAGCCUGCAGGGCUGGGGGCAGGGGGCAGAGAGGGGAUUUCGGUGCAGCCUUUGCUCUUCCUUCCUUCCCCUGGAGGGCCGCACGUCGGAGCCGCAGGGCAAAGCGGGCCAGCAGCAAUGCAACCGCCGGGGCGCGUGCGGAGCUUGGCGGUGGAGCUGGAGGACGGGAGAGCGUGGGGAGCCUACGGCAGCGGGGAGCUGCUGCACGGCCGUGUGCGGCUGGAGCUGCGCGGUGCCCUGCGCCUGCGGGCGUUGGAGGUUUGUGCUCGCGGGCGUGCGAUCGUGCACUGGUUGGAGAGCCGCAGCGUGGGGCUCAACAUCGUCUACCACGACUACACCGCCUUCCAGACCUUCCUGAACCGCCGCCGCCAGCUCAUCCCCGAUAACGGCGAAGUCACCGUCCUGCAGGCAGGAAGGCACGAGUUCCCCUUCACCUUCCAGCUCCCAGAGACCCUGGCGACGUCCUUCGAGGGCAAACAUGGCAGCGUGCGCUACUGGGUGAAGGCCAAGCUGCACCGGCCCUGGGCCACGGUGAAAAAGGUGAAGAAGGAGUUCACCGUCAUCGAACCCAUCGACAUCAACACCCCUGCGCUGCUGGCUCCCCAGGCGGGUGCUAAGGAGAAACUCGCCCGCGCCUGGUACUGCAAUCGUGGCCAGGUCUCAGUGACUGCCAAGAUCGACCGCAAAGGCUACACCCCCGGUGAGGUCAUCCCUAUCUUUGCUGAGAUUGACAACUGCACCAACCGGGCGGUGGUGCCCAAAGCAGCCAUCAUUCAGACUCAGACCUUCAUCGCUCGGGGCACCAAGAAGCAGAAGAAGUCAGUGGUGACCAGCAUCGUCGGGGACUCCAUCGCUGCGGGGAAGCGCGAGGUGUGGCAUGGGCGGGCGCUGAAGAUCCCUCCGGUGGGGCCGUCCAUCCUGCAGUGCCGCAUCAUCCAAGUGGAAUAUGCCCUGAAGGUCUGUGUGGAUAUUCCUGGCACAUCCAAGCUGCUCCUGGAGCUGCCGCUCGUCAUCGGGACGAUCCCACUGCAUCCGUUUGGCAGCCGCACGUCCAGCGUCAGCAGUCAGUACAGCAUCACCCUGGACUGGCUGAGCAGCAUCCCCGAGCAGCCUGAAGCCCCCCCCGAUUACUCAGCGGUGGUGCCCAGCCCCACAGCCGAGCAGAGCCUGGCCCCGCCGUGCCGCAGUGAGCUCGGGGCUGUUCUGGAAGGGCCCUUCUUCACCUACAUCCAGGAGUUCCGCUUCCGACCGCCUCCACUCUACUCUGAGAUCGACCCGAACCCACCUUCAGACGGCAUCCGCCCGCGCUGCAUGACCUGCUGAGCAGUGCUGAUGGCAUCGUGACCGUUGGGCUGCAGUCAGAGCGCCUGCAGGAUGGCAGUGGGCGCGUGGCGGCCGUGAGAGCGCUGAGCCCCCACCACAGGCACUGCCCUGUGGGGUCUGAAGGGCUGGAACCGCCCCAGCGUUUUGGGGUUCGGAUGGAGCUGGGAUGGUGCUCCUCUAUGUGUGCUCCAGCACCUCCUGCUGUGGAGAGCUUUGAGCUCGGAGGUGUUGCAGGGAAUCCAGAGAAUGUUUAAAUCCUGUGCUGGGUUUGGACCCCGCGGUGCUGCGGGUGCAGCUCUGCUGCUGCAGUUGCUUCUCCAGAACUGCAGUUUCCUAAGGAGAAAACUGGCCGGGUGAGGCAGACUGUGCUGCUGGUGAGCACGGCUGGGAGCUGCUGCAGGGAUGGCUGGAGCCACCUGGCAGCUGGGUGGGGGCAGCAGAGCCCCCCGUGGCCAACACUGGGGCUGUGUAAUUCCCAAAGCAGCAGAGAUCUGCGGUGGUGUUUUGGUGCUGCUCCUGCAGGGUGGCACAGACGUGGCCCCUCACAGUGCUUUGUUGGCCAAGGAAACAAGAAAAAAGCUGGAGUGGGUCCUCCGGGGCAGCCACCAGAGACUGCGUUCCCCCCGACCCCUGCGCAGAGCCCCAGCCCCGGUGCUGGGCAUUGCUCAGAGGAUUUUCUAUUGUUUGUAUCAGUGACCACUUUUAUACCGACCACUCUUUGUCUCUGACGUUACUCUUUUUGUACAACUUCAGUUGGGGUGAUUUCUCUGAAAUAAAUUUCUUUUAACCAACUGCA